AUACUUUAAAAAAAACUGGAUAAUAUUCAAGGCAAUUCAAUAGCUACCAACCAUCAUUAUAGCAUGAAACUCAACCAAAUGACGGACAUUGCCGAAAUAGUGAAUCGAAACGUCCAACUAACUGCACUCGGAAAAUAAAAAAAUAAAGUAACCAGGCUAUUAAUCCGUGAUUUUUAAAACCAAUUUCGUCUUUAUCUCGACAUUUACGACAAGCCGAAUAGUUUCUGGAGAACCAAGGAAGUAUAGAUCUGUAUUAGUGUGAGAAUGAAAAGGUGGAGAAAAACGAAUUAAAAGAUGUCAGUCGGCGACUUAGCGACACAAUGUCCCUUUUUUGAGAAUAUUAUAUUUCCAAUUAUUCAACCAAUGACGUUCCUCAACUAUCAUAAAUUCCUAACUACGAGUUUCCGUGGUUACAGUGUCAAGAAACUGCUUCCGAAGUACGAUAUAAUAAUUGUCGGUGGUGGGAUGGUUGGAUUUGGUUUGGCUGCCGUUGCGGCGGCUUCCAAAUUUCUCGAAGAAUAUGAAAAUCGUGUUGUUGCUCUUAACGAUCUUUCCGUAAACAUGCUGAAAAAUAUUGGUGUUUGGGAAUUUAUUCAGUCAUUCCGUUCUCAGCCUGUAAAUAAAAUGAAAGUAUGGGAAACAAAGUCAAACCUUUACUUAACGUUUCAACGCAAUCCCUUGGCAUAUAUAGUAGAAAAUGAUUUAGUUAUUGAAUCACUUUGUAAUUAUUUGGGAUCUAAUAAUAAUUCUUCAAAUGUGACAAUACUAUAUGAAACACAAGCUGAAAACAUUCAGAUGCCUUCUUCAGAUCAUCCAGAACAUUUAGUUCGUAUAGACGUUCAACAGAGGACACAGGAUAAACGGGAAACUGUUGAAACAGAUCUACUUAUUGGUGCUGAUGGGUUCAAUUCACUUGUCCGUAGAACAGCUAAUAUUCAUACAAUUGGUUGGAAUCAUAAUCAAAAAGCUAUUGUAGCAACUUUAAAAUUGGAACAGGCUAAUAAUGAAUCUAUCGCUUGGCAAAGGUUUCUACCAACAGGCCCAGUUGCAUUACUCCCAUUGUCAAAAGAAUAUUCAUCAUUAGUUUGGAGUACAACUUCGUAUGAAGCUGACCGUCUUAUGAAUUUAAAAGAUUUAGAUUUUAUUCAAGAGUUGAAUGACUGUUUGACUAAACCUAAUGAAUCGACGUCACAAAUUGGUGCACUUUUCAAUAAGAUGGGACAAUGUUUUGCUAGUGUUGUUGAUUACUUUGGUAAUCAAAUAAAAUCUACAGACAAUGAAAGUGAAUCCAGCUCAUUUUCAACACCAACAGUAUUAUCGAUUCAACCAAAUACGAAAAGGGCUUGUUUCCCUCUAGGUUUUCAACAUGCCACAUUUUAUUCAGCUCCUCGUGUGGCACUAGUGGGUGAUUCUGCUCAUCGAAUACUACCACUUGCUGGUCAAGGUGUUAACCUUGGUUUCGGUGAUGUUGUUUCAUUGGUUAGGCAUUUAGAAGAAGCUGUUUUGCAUGGAGCUAAUAUUGGAAGUUUAGCUUAUCUUAAAGAUUAUACAAAUGAACGACAAAGAAUUAUAGUACCAUUAGCUGGUACAUUAGAAUUUAUUUAUUUAUUAUAUUCAACUGAUGCAUAUUGUAAACAAAAUAACAAGGAAUCAUCUUCUGUUUGUCGUAAUUCUGCAAUAUCAUAUUUAUUAAAUAAUAUUAUCACAGGUAUUCGUGGAACUGGAAUGAGUACUGUUCAAUCUAGUAAAUUAUUGAAGGAAUUUUUGAUGGCAGUUGCUGUCACUGGACAAAUCGGAACAACACAAUCGAAAACCACUUAUUGCUUGUAG